AAUGGUCGGAGAGAAGAGCAUGCCAGUCAUACCUUCCGUCAUCUCCUCACUUCUCCAUGUGUUAUCGUGAAUUGAAGCAUGUGGUCCCACACUCCUCUGCUUUAGCCAUGUGUCGACGUCAAAGUAAACUUCUUGCACCGUUGAACGCCCAGGCCACCCUUCACUCCAUCCAUCACACGUCCACCAUCAUGCCUCUCUGAACCACGCAAAUGGCCCCUUCCCGCCCUGCCACCACCUCCGCCUCCUCACACCCCACCUCGACCGCCGCGCGCAAGAAACCCACCACCGAACCCAACGUCAAAGAAGUCGUGUUCGGGAACCUACUCAUAAAACCAUGGUACCCGUCGUUCUAUCCCGAAGAGCUUGUAGGCCGGACGGUGGAGAGGUUGUACGUGUGCCAAUGGUGUUUUAAAUACAGUCGAGAAUUGAUGGGGUUCCUGGGACAUGUGCGGCUUUGUCCGCUUCGGACGACGGGGCCGCCGGGAGAGGAGAUAUAUCGGAAGGGGGAGUACUCGUUGUAUGAGAUUGAUGGGGAGGAUUGUAAGCUAUACGCGCAGAACCUCUCCCUCUUCGCCAAACUCUUCCUCGACACCAAAUCCGUCUUCUACGACGUAACAACCUUCCUCUACUACCUCCUCGUCGCGCACAACCCGGUCCCUUCAAUUGACUCUUCCAUCCCCGCAUCUCAAACCCCGUCUUCAACCACCCCCUCUCACAGGCCUACGCACACCUCCCAAGUCAUUGGCUUCUUCUCCAAGGAGAAAAUGUCCUGGGACAACAACAACCUCGCCUGCAUCCUCGUCUUCCCGCCCUGGCAAAAACACGGCCUAGGCCAAAUCCUCAUGGGUGCUAGCUACGAGAUGUCGAAACGCGAAGGCCGCCUGGGCGGGCCCGAGAAACCCUUAUCGGAACUUGGAGGGAAGGCAUAUAGCAAGUUUUGGGCGCAGACGCUGGCGAGAGUGGUGCUGGGCCUGGAAGAGGGGAGAGAGAUCACGGUCAAGGAGUUGAGAGAUGAGACGUUCAUCGUUGUGGAGGAUUUAGUGGCGACUUUGGUCGGGAUGGGGGUGUUGGAGCUGGGAAAGGCGGGAGGGGAGGGCGGGAGGGCGAAAGCGGUGAUCAACAAGGCCAAGGUGAGGGAGUGGGCGGAGAGACAUAAGGUCGAUCUGAGCAGUCCGGUGGACCCGGAUGCAUUUGUUAAUGCAGACGAGACGGAACGGAUGAGUGAGAGCGGGGAACAUUGAAAGGCUAAUCAUGCUUAUGAGAAAAAAUGGGUCGCGAGAUGUAGAGGCAUGGCAUUCAUGUACGGGCUUGGAUGUGGAGAGUUGAUGAAUAAUGAUACCCUGGGAGGCGUACACGGCGUUAUUUUAAGGCUUCACUUGUAUUCUUCGCUUGUUAUGAUGGUUCAUUACAUCUCUUGCAUCGUCUCAUUGGGGGUCGAAAAUCGAUAUGGGGUAUAGAAAUAAAUACUUUCCGUCCGAGG